AUGUCUGUCGACAUUCGGCCAGAAUUCCUCUCGCCACAAGCUCCGCACAAUGUAACAAGCACCAUCAUCGACUUUACUGCUACAACUCCACCGAUUCCAGAAUACAAAAAGUCCUUCGCAGCGGUCAUCGAUAAUUUCAUGACCGAAGACGAGUGCCAAGAACUUUUAGGUCUAGCUGAGCAGUCGACGGAAGAUGGAAAAUGGGAACGUGCAAUGAUCAACAUCGGCAACGGCAAGCAAGCCAUGGCCACCGACUACCGUAACUGCGGUCGCAUCAUCUUCGAUUCUCCAGACAUCGCAGACAGGCUUCUGGCGCGACUCAAGCCGUUUUUCGAAAGUUGGGAUAUGGUCACUUUACAGAACAAGCUUGGCGUCACGGGUUUGGCGGGGAGGAAGAAUAUCUUCAAUCUUACGCGACUGAACGAGCGGCUGCGAUUUUUAAAGUAUAUCGGAGGGGAAUACUUUCGUCCUCAUUGCGACGGCAAUUAUCGAACACCGGAUGGGAGCGAAAUUUCAUUCUACACCAUCCAGCUGUACCUGAGCGGCGAGGGAGAAGAAGGACAAGAUUUAAAAGAAUUUGCGAAGAGGCAGAAAAACGAGCUGAAGGGCAAGGAUAUCAAGUCAGAAGAUGGUAAAGGAGCUGAUCAGGAUAAAUUACUUGGUGGUGCGACGAGUUUUAUGGCAUCGUGGGAGCUGCCCGAUCAAGCGGUUAGGGUUUGGUCUAAGACGGGCCGGGUGUUGGUGUUCCAGCAAAACAACAUGUGGCACGGUGGAGAUUCAGUAUACGGAGGGACAAAGUAUACUGUGAGGACGGAUGUAAUGUAUUCGAAAACUCCGUUGGCUUGA